GGGGCCAAUGAGCGCGCCGGGCCGCCAGCGGGGCCGGGCCUAGGGGGCCAAAGAAGCCGGGCGCGGAGCCGGGGCGUCAAGUGAUCGUGGCGGCCGGGCGAGAGGCCGCCGGGGCCGGCCAUGUCGCGGUGGUUCUUCCCGUGGUCGAGCUCGAUCAAGAAGCGCGCCUGCCGGUACCUGCUACAGCACUACCUGGGACACUUCCUGGAGGAACGGCUCGGGCUGGAGCAGCUCAGCCUCGACCUCUACGCUGGCGCUGGGAAGCUCAGCCGCAUCCACCUCGACGUCUGGUCCGUCAACGAGUUCCUGGAGUCCGUCGGAGCCCCCUUGGAGAUCGUCGACGGCUUCAUCGACAGCAUCGCCGUCACCAUCCCCUGGUCCGCCUUAGUCACAGAGAACUGCACCGUGGAAGUGAGCGGCCUGCAGAUCACGUGCCGGCCGAAGUAUCGUACUGCUGCCCCUGGCUCCGAGUCACAGAGCUGGGCAUCAUGCAUGACCACCAGCAUGCAGCUGGCACAGGAGUGCCUGAAGGAGCAGACCGAGGAGCCCUCGGACACCCCCCAGCCCCUGGAGGGGCUCGAGAUGUUUGCCCAAACCAUUGAAACCGUUCUGCGAAGGAUUGAAGUCACCUUCUUGGACACUGUGAUACGUGUGGAGCAUGUGCCCAGUGGCUCACAGGGCAGCGUGGCCCUUGAGAUGCACAUCAAAAGAUUGGACUACUGUGACGAAGCUGUGAAAGAACCUGGGCAGGCAAUCACCGUUGACAUCCACCAGCCUCCACCAUUUGUGCACAAGAUCCUGCAGCUAAGCGGGGUCCUGCUUUACUAUGAGGAGUUUGCGGGUGGCGCAGGCGCCCACAUGCCGUCGUCCCCUGUCCCAAAGGGGGCUGCCGAUUCUUCAGAGUCCCAGGCGGAGGAGGCAGAGGAGGAAGAGGCUUCCCCCAGCUCUCUACUUCAGAUUGGCAGCUGCUCUGGAUACACGGAGAUGAGGAUCAAGCUGAAGCAGAAUGAGGCCUUUCCUGGGCCCAAGCUGGAAGUGGAUGGGAAGAUGGGGUCGCUGCACCUCCUGCUUGCCCCCCAACAGAUCUUGUACCUGCUGGAUCUUCUGUCUUCCCUGAACUUCUCUGAAUCCAGCCUCUUGCAGGAGCAGCUGAGCAAGAGUCGCCCCCUUGACUCGGAGGACCUGAAGCUGAUUGAGCAGGACCUCAGCCAACAGCUGCACUCAGGGCUGGGGGCUGGCCCCACCCGCCUGGAGGGGAUGGAGACCUGCGUCGGGCUGGAGAACGGAGAGAUGUUCUUCUCCAUGGCUCCCAUGACCAGCAGCGUGACCUCCGUGCGCUCAGCCAGCGAGCUCUCUGACAUCGACCUGGACUCCUCCAUGCACAGCGACGCUGGCACCAGCCGCCUACAGGCUCUGCCCUUCACGCCAGGGCUGAUGUUGAGCAGUCCCAGGCGUUACGGACGGUCACCCUUUGCUGCCACCCUGCCGUGCCUCAACAAGAUACCAAGCAAGACCAGCCACCCGCAACCCCCCUCUCUGGAGAACCAGCGCCCUGAGGUGUUGCUGCGGCUGACGAUUGGAGGGCUCACUCUCACCCUGCUGCACCAGACCCCAGAGGCCCCACACCUCCAGCUGGCUCAGCGCUUCUUCUCCCAGCUCGGGGGCCUGAAGGACUCUGCCUUUGGGGGCCGGGAUUUCCAGCCCCUGCGCCAGUGCUUUGAGGGGGCCUGUCCAUGCAGCAACGUCAGGCUGACCGGGGCCGCCGUGCAGAUCAGCUGCGAGCACAAGGCCGCUGGGCAGCUGCACAUGUUCAGCUGGGAUGCAUCCUUUGGGCUCCUGGAGAUCUUGGAGUGCCUGUGGGCGGACGACAGGACGCAAGCCAAGCCAGAGUACACUGAGCUGCUGGUUUUCGCCACCCCUAGUGCCUUUCCCUACAGCCAGUCGCCUCGCCCCUGUGCCCGUAUACAAACCAAGCAUUCGGAGAAGCGGCCUUCCUCCUCCAAGAGCCGCCUUGCCAAGGUCCCUGCCAAGCAGACGGUGGAGCUGGUGGCCGAGCUGGACGACUUCUGCUCAGAGGUGGACCUGGCAACGCUCGACCGCCUUUGCUCGCUGCUGUGCCGUGCCACGACACCCUCCACGCCUGCCUGGCCUCCUCCCGAGGCACACUUGGCAGAUUCUCCCCCUGCUGCUAAGUGGCAGGCAAGUGUGCGACUGGCAGCGCCCAAGGCCACCCUGAGGCUGCAGUUCCCAAUCCCGGACCUUCGUCCAUGGCCCGAGAGGCGGCCCUGGGCCCAGAAGGCCGUGCGGCAGGAGAGCCUGCGCCUGGACCUGGCCGGUGUGGAGCUGCGGGCGGAGCUCGGGAUGGCAGGCGUCACCCAGCUGGAAGUUUCCUUCAGUGACCUGCAUGGCACAUAUGAAGGCGCCGAGAAGCUGGCUGUGCCGUGUUUGCGGGUCGGCAAAGCCCCCAACCUGUCUGCCAAAGGGACGGGGAAGAAGUACCUCCUCCCCAAAAUCGCGCUGACUCUCCGCCCUCGGGCCAGCGACAUUCCCUGGGACUUGGCCCUGGCGAAGCCCGGAGAGAUGGAGCUGUCAACGGCUGAGAGUCCCUGCGAGCUGAAGCAGCCAGAGCCUUCACCCUUCUCCUCCAAGCGGACCAUGUACGAGACGGAGGAGAUGGUGAUCCCUGGAGAUCCCGAGGAGAUGGCGGAAUUCCAGAGCCAGACGCUGGAGGCCUCCCAGUAUGCCCUGGAGGUGACCUUCCCCACCAUGCACAUCUUCCUCCCCAGUAAGGACUUCUACGAGAGCAUCUACAACAGGAUCAAUAAUGAUCUCCUGAUGUUUGAGUCCUUCAGCCCACCCCCCACCCCCUCCGAGCUUCUGGGGGGCGCUGGGUCCACAACAGCCCCCUUUGUUGGAGAAGCACCCGCAGACACCCGCUGGCAGGAGAACUUCAAGAUGUGCAAGUCGGCCUUUAAGCUGGAUUCAGACUCCGAAGAGGAGGAUUCUCACUUCUACUCCGUGGAUGAGGCAGCACAGCGGAAGAAGGGGGAACAGAGGAGCCCCUUUCCCCAGAGCUGUGUCUCUGUUGUGCUCUCUGUGGGAAAGGGGCGGGUCACAGCUCUGUGCGAUGCCAAGGGCGAGGGGGGCAAGAAGCUGGAGGGAUCUCACGGCGAGCUGGUCCUGGACGUGGAAAGCGGCAGUCUCUUCAGCGUCUCGCGGUACAAGGGCCGCGAGGACCUCGGCUACUUCUGCAUUGAGGCAGAGAAAGUUGCACUUUAUCACAAGGCUGUGGUGGAGGACUACCUCAUGGCGGAGCAUCUGGAAAUCUCCAACUUUUUGCCCCCGGAGGGGCUCUACCCCACCAUUUAUGCCUCCCAGGAGGGCCCCAUCACCUGGCCCUUGGGGAGCAAGAAGGAUGGGCCCCUGAAGAUGCUCUCCCUGGCUAUCCAGAUCAACCUGGAUUUGGAGAAGAACAUCAAGGAGUUCCUGGUGACGCUGCGCCUCGAAGGGGCAACCAUGCGGCAUCGCAUGGCCCUGACCCACCAGAGCUGGUACACGCAGUUGAUUGACUUCCUGGAUGUCCUGGAUGACCCCAUCCUGGGCUUUGUGCCCCCGACGGUCAUCACAGUGCUGCACACCCACCUGUUCAGCUGUGCUGUGGAUUACAGGCCUCUCUACUUGCCAAUCCGGGUCCUCAUCACAGCCGAGACCUUCACCCUCUCCAGCAACAUCAUUGUGGACACUUCCGUCUUCCUCCUCCGGUUCAUUUUGGACGACUCGGCCCUUUACCUCUCAAACAAAUGCGACACAGAGAUGGGCGACCUGAGGAGAGAUUACGUUUGCGUUGUGGACGUGGACCUUCUAGAGCUGGUGAUCACCACGUUUAAGGGAGCCACAACAGGGAAGCUGACCCGCCCUCUGUUUGAGCUCCGCUGCUCCAACAACGUGGUCCAUGUGCACACCUGCGCAGAUUCCUGUGCGGCCCUCGCCAACCUCAUCCAGUAUGUGGUGAACAAUGGGGACUUGCACCCGCCGCCCCACCAUGACAGCCCCACAGAGAUCGCCGGCCAGAAGGUGCAGUUGUCCGAGAGCCCAGCGUCACUGCCAUCGUGCCCGCCUGCUGAGACCGCAGCCAUCAACCAGCAAGACCUCACGGAUGCCCUCAUUGACACGGAGCGCAGCCUCCAGGAACUGGCCGGAGAGAUGGGUGACUCUGGGCUCAGGCGGCAGCCGUCCCCGGUUUCUGUCUACCUGUUCCCCGGGGAGAAUGGAGCCAUGGGCAAAGCAGGAAAGACCCCGGCCCCACCACCUGCCCCUGUCGGGGAGGGGCUGGACCUCAGCCCUUCGGAGGACAGCGAGGGCGAGAGCGAAGCCACGGACGACUUCUGCAUCCUGGACGCCCCAGGCACAGGAAUCCCGCCCCGAGACGGGGAGCCGGUGGUAACGAAGCUCUUGGAAGGCCCCGUUCGCAUCCAGGAGGGGCACUUCUCCCGCCCCCUGGGGAGCACAGACCUCCUGAAGGCCCCCUCGCGCUUCCCGGUCCCCGAGAGCCGGGUGAUGAUGCGGGAGAUCUCGGUGGUCUGGCAUCUGUAUGGCGGGAGGGACUUUGGGCUGGGGCGCUCUGCCUCUGGCCACGCCCACUCACCCAGGACGAAGCCGUCUCUUUCCAGCGCCCGCUCGUCCCCGUCCCGCUCCUCUGUCACCAACCGGCCCCAGAACACCUGGCGGGCUCAGGGGGGCACCAGCCGCAUCCACGACCUGUUGAUGGAGAUCCAGCUGACCAAGGUGAGUUUCCAGCAUGAAACUUACUCCAGCAGCAGCGGCAGCGGCAGCAGCACUUCUGAGAAACCCUCCAUGGAGUUGGAGGAGCAGCCCGUGGCCAGACAGGUCUUCAUUGUCCAGGAGCUGGAGAUCCGAGACCGCCUGGCCUCCUCUCAGAUCAACAAGUUCCUCUACCUGUACAGCAGCGAGUGCAUGCCGCGCCGAGCCCACUCCAACAUGCUCACCAUCAAAGCCCUGCACGUCUGCCCUGAGUCUGGUCUGGGGGGUCCCGAGUGCUGCCUUCGUGUCUCCUUGAUGCCACUCAGGCUCAACAUUGACCAGGAUGCCUUGUUCUUCCUCAAGGACUUCUUCACCAGUGUGGCUGCCAGCAUCAACCCCGUCGUGCCCUGUGAGGCUGGCUCGGAAGGUCGCACAGAGUCCUCGGGGAAAGAGCCUGAGGGAGCGGAGGGGGAGAUGACAGCCUCGAUGGAGACCACGGCCAGCGAAAACAGCUCCUUGUCCAACGCCUCCUCCUCCUCCUCCGACCAGCCCAUUUACUUCCGAGAGUUCCGGUUCACGUCCGAAGUGCCCAUCUGGCUGGACUACCAGGGAAAGCAUGUGACCGUGGACCAAGUGGGCACCUUUGCCGGCAUCCUGAUCGGCCUGGCGCAGCUCAACUGCUCUGAGCUCAAACUCAAGAGGCUCUGCUGUCGACACGGGCUACUGGGCGUGGAGAAGGUGGUGAGCUACGCCCUGACCGAGUGGCUGACGGACAUCCGCAAGAACCAGCUGCCAGGCAUCCUGGGAGGCGUGGGGCCUAUGCACUCCGUGGUGCAGCUCUUCCACGGCCUCCGUGACCUCUUCUGGCUGCCCAUCGAGCAGUACCGCAAGGACGGGCGGAUCAUCCGGGGCCUGCAGCGUGGGGCAGCCUCCUUCGGCACUUCGACCGCUUCGGCGGCCCUCGAGCUCAGCAACCGCCUGGUGCAGGCCAUCCAGGCCACAGCGGAGACCGUCUACGACAUCCUGUCCCCUACCGCCCCCCCAAUGACGCGCACCCUCCUGGACAAGAAGCACACUCGCAAGCUGAGGCGCGGCCAGCAACCUGCCGACCUGCGUGAAGGGGUGGCCAAGGCCUAUGACACCGUGCGAGAGGGUGUCAUCGACACAGCCCAGGCCAUCUGCGACGUGGCGACUCGUGGCCACGAGCAGAAAGGUAUCACCGGGGCAGUGGGAGGCGUCCUGCGGCAGAUCCCUCCCACCGUGGUCAAGCCCCUCAUCGUGGCCUCGGAAGCCACCUCCAACCUCCUGGGCGGUAUGCGCAACCAGAUCAAGCCCGACGCCCGGAAGGAGGAGUCCCUGAAGUGGCGCUCAGAAGAGGCUCAGGACUGACCGGGCGCCGCCACUGCCGCCUUCCACUGACCCGGGCUCAAAAGCGGGGCUGUUCCUCUUAAUCUACCCCGUUGAGGACAUUGGCAGGGCCACCGAAAGGACGCAGCCUCCCGCUUUGCCAGCCUUGCCACCCGCAGAAGAAGAACCACGUGGUGGGGAACAGCUUUUGCUUGGCGGGAUUGGCGCGCUCUCAAGCAGCACGCCUGGCAUCACAAGGGUGGUGCCACCUCCUCUUGCCUCGCCCUUGUUUUUGUACUUGUCAGGAGUCUAGCUUCUGCCAUCCAUUUGGUGCAUGAGCUGCAGGCUGCAACUUCUCUCUCUGUGUGUCUCUCUCUGUGUCUCCCUCUCUCUCUGGGGUUGUUGGGAGAGAAGGAAGGUUGGCUGAACAUUAAAGGACGUGACUUGUUUUCA